GACGCCGAAAGUACGGAGCUCAAGCUGGCCAUACUUUCUUCUUUGCAUCCGAACAAAGCUCAGGAUGUCUUGAUGGACUAUCUCCUUGCCUAUAACGGCGAUGUCGAGAAAGUUUCGGAGGCUUUGUCAAGUAGCUCAGCAGCAGGAUCGAAGAGCAAGCGCCAGCACUCGGCCCUGAACGGCUAUCAAUCAUCCAUCGACACAUUCGCAGCAUCGUCAGGCGGGCCAAAGCCAGUUGCCACGGCCACAACCAAAUCACUUGUGCAGAAAGGCAAGACUCUUCACCUUUACUCUCCAGCCGAUAUCGAGCGUCACACCCCUUGCUCGUUGGUUCAUAAUUUCCUUCCACAACCACUUGCCAGCGCACUCCUGGAAGAGCUACUCGCGGAGUCGGCCACUUUCCUCCGCAAUGAGUUUCAAAUGUUCGAGCGCACGGUUACUACCAACCACACAUGGAGACUCUAUCUCGAUGACGACUCCUCUUUCGAGUCGCAACAGUCCGCUAUUCAAUACGACGGAACCGCGAAUCCUCUCAAUGUCCGGAAGUCACCCCCGGAGAUGAUCAAGGUCUCCCAUCUGGUAAAAGAUGCUGUCAACGCCGAAGUCGCGAGGCGUACCAGAGACUACCAGCCUGCUAGCAGAAGACUCAAAUUCCAGUCUCCAGACGCUUGGUCGCCGAACGCCAGUAUCGUGAACUGCUACGAUGGUGCCAAAGAAGGCAUGGGCUUCCACGCCGACACUUUGACGCAGCUGGGGACCAUGCCAAUCAUUGGCAGCCUCUCUAUGGGUGUUACCCGGGAGUUCCGUGUCCGGCGGAUCGUGGCACAGGACGAUGCAUCAACCACCAGGGCUGAUGAACAGGGUCAGAUCGCGAUCCAUCUGCCUCACAACUCGCUGCUGGUCAUGCAUGCAUCUAUGCAAGAGGAAUGGAAGCAUUGCAUUGCUCCGACGGCGACGAUCACUCAGCAUCCGGUUGCUGGAUCGAAACGGUUCAACAUUACCUAUCGGCACUUUCCAGCCUAUAUGAAUCCUCAGUACACCCCGAAGUGUCGUUGUGGGGUGGCUUGCGUACUGCGAUGUGUGAUGAAGAGCAAGGAAACGCGAGGCAGAUACAUGUGGCAGUGUAUAUCUGAUCGAGCACCUGGAGGAAAGAGCUGCGGAUUGUUCUUGUGGGCUGUGCUAGAUGAAGACGGGCGGCCAGAGUGGGCAGAGGGGUUCAAGGGCAAUGCCAAUGGUACUGCGAAGAUACCAGAGGAUAAAGGG